AUGGGUAAAUCAACAAAAGAUAAACGAGAUAUUUAUUAUCGUCUGGCAAAAGAACAAGGCCUUCGAGCUCGAUCAGCUUUUAAACUUUUACAGAUUAACAGUGAAUUUAAUAUUUUAAAUGACAAUGUGAAACGAGUUGUGGAUCUUUGUGCUGCACCUGGAAGUUGGUCUCAAGUUCUUUCUCGAACUUUAUACAAAACUGAUUCAGUUGAUGAUCAAGUUAAAAUCGUUGCUGUCGAUUUGCAAACCAUGGCUCCAUUGCCUGGUGUGAUACAAAUUAAAGGUGAUAUAACGAAACGUUCAACAAUCGAAGAAAUUCUUGGUUGCUUCAAAACAUCCGAUAAUCAAAUGAAUAAAGCCGAUCUUGUUAUAUGUGAUGGUGCACCUGAUGUAACAGGUUUACAUGAUAUUGAUGAGUUCGUUCAAGGGAAUCUUGUUCUAGCUGCAUUAAAUAUUUGUCUUCAUGUUUUAAAUGAUAAUGGUAAUUUUGUAUCGAAAAUAUUUCGUACAAAAAAUAUCGAUCUACUUUAUCAACAAUUCAAAUUAUUUUUCGAUGAUGUUGUUAUUGCUAAACCGCGUUCAUCAAGAAAUUCAUCUAUUGAAUCAUUUAUUGUUUGUCGACAAUUUCAUUUGCCGGAUGAUUUUACUCCGAAUAUAGACGAACCAUUUAUUUAUGCCUACGAACGCACAUUAGAUAAACAAGAAAAUUCAUCAUUUAUAAUUCCAUUUAUUGCAUGCGGCAGUUUAGAUGGUUUUGAUUCUGAUAAAACCUAUCCGCUAGAACAAGAUCAAUCCUAUAUUGAACCAGUUCAACCGCCCAUUCACCCAGCCUAUGAAGAAGCUUGUGCUUUGAAAAAAAAUAAAAAACUCCCAACAUCUUCUUGA